AUGGUUGAGUACUUUGGAGAGCAAUUAUCCGGCUUUGCAUUCACUGCUAAUGGGUGGGUUCAAUCUUAUGGAUCUCGCUGCGUGAAGCCACCAAUCAUCUAUGGUGAUGUAAGUCGGCCCGAGCCAAUGACUGUCUUCUGGUCCACAGCUGCCCAGAGCAUGACCAAGCGCCCAAUGAAGGGAAUGCUUACUGGCCCUGUUACCAUUCUCAACUGGUCUUUCGUUCGAAAUGACCAACCAAGAUUCGAAACUUGCUACCAGAUUGCUUUGGCCAUUAAGGAUGAAGUAGAGGAUCUUGAGAAGGCCGGCAUUACUGUUAUCCAAAUCGAUGAGGCUGCAUUGAGAGAGGGGUUACCACUUAGGAAAGCUGAGCAUGCUUUCUACCUGGAUUGGGCUGUCCACUCUUUCAGAAUCACCAACGUAGGCGUCCAGGAUACCACCCAGAUUCACACACAUAUGUGCUACUCCAACUUUAAUGAUAUCAUCCAGUCUAUCAUCAACAUGGAUGCUGAUGUCAUCACCAUUGAGAACUCUCGCUCCGACGAGAAGCUCCUCUCUGUUUUCCGCGAGGGAGUGAAGUACAGUGCUGGAAUUGGGCCUGGCGUUUACGACAUUCACUCCCCCAGGAUACCAUCAACAGAAGAGAUUGCCGAUAGAAUUAACAAGAUGCUUGCAGUUCUUGAAACCAACAUCUUGUGGGUCAACCCCGACUGUGGUCUCAAGACUCGCAAGUACACUGAAGUGAAACCAGCUCUUGAAAACAUGGUUGCUGCUUGCAAGCUUCUCAGAUCCCAGCUUGCCAGUUCCAAGGCUGUUGUUCGCAAUCACCGUGGGGAGGUAAUGGUUUCGCUGGGCAAAGUGUUUAAAGGAAAUUACUCUCCACUCACGGCUGAAAUUUUGGCCAUUAGAGAGGGGCUGGAAUUCGUAGUAGAUUCGGGGCUAAGGGUGAACAUUGUUGAAACGGAUUCCCUGCUUUCGGUCCAAGCCAUUAGUCUUCAUCCCCCGUUCUCCCAGGUGUUGAAUAUAGCUGAGGACUGUAGCUUCCUCAUGGCUCGUAUGGGAAAUUGUAAAAUUCGACACGCCCCAAGACAGACCAAUCAGGUGGCUCAUGAAUUAGCGCUUUUGGCGAAAAACUCUAGGAUUGAUUUUAUGUGUUGUGAAGAGGUUCCAGAACCCAUUGUGAAUCUGGUGAACUAUGAUGCUUCUCAUAUGAUUGAUUAA